AUGGACCGAGGCGACCCGCGCAUGAACCUUGCAGUGGCAGCACGCAUGAACAAUCCUGAUCUCUCUUUGUUCGAAUGCCUGACAGUGGGUGGGUUUAUCUACCACAGUGACAAUGGUGCCCUCAUGGACUGCGAAUCUGUUACCCUAACUCAGAGGAAGAACCAAUUGAAUCGGCGCAUAAGGCGCGCCAAGAAAAACCAAACCGCUGGCAACAAGAGCUCUUCAUCAACCGGUAAGCGAAAGGCGUCCCCAAGCCUGGCAACCUCUAAUGAGGAGGAACAAUCGUCGAAUGGCUCUCUUGUGCUCAUGGGUUCAGUGGGUCCGUCGUCUCCUGCUACCAACAAGAAGGGCACCACAAACGACAAAUUUUCUCCAAAGGCCGCAAAGAAACAAAAUCGCAAUGCCGCCGCAGUCUUUGAGCAAGCCUACGGACCAGGGUUCCUCCCGCAUCGGAGUACGAGUCUUGGAGCUUCUGCCGUUCCUCAGCAGCAACUCAGUAAUCAUUCAGUAGAUGACACGCAAACACAAGCUCCUACCAAAGCUUUAACUGGCGGCAAACAAAGCAUCACCGCCGCAGCUAAACUACCUCAAGCCUCUUUUGCUGCAAGCGCUUCUUCACAAGCGACGAUCGAGGACACGGUGCUAGAUGCCCCCUUGAUUCCCAACCUACCCAACGAUACCACUUCCAGUCAAACAUCCCAAUGCACCACUUCUACCCAGGUAGCAGACCCCCGACACGACCUUGCACUCACGUACUUUGAGCGAGAACCUCAUGCUUUGUACCAGCGCUGUAUGCUGUCUGCAGGGUUCCGCAUGGACGAGUCCCAAGACAUGUCCUCCGAGGCGUAUCGGAAGUUCGCCUUUGAAGCCUGGAAGCGUGAAUGUGAACGACUUCAGGCACUCUUGGCCAAGUACGAGACAUAG